AAAUCGAAUGUAAAGACAAAAAAAAAAAAAAAAAAAAAAAAUGAAAAAAAAUAAAGAAAGAAAAGCAAAAGGCAAUCCAUGGAAAGGAGUUUCACGAGAUUCCGAGAUUUGCACUGACUUGAUGAUGACUGUUCUGUUAUCGAGUUUCUUCUAAUCAAAAUGCCAACAACAAUAUAAACCCAACAAUUUUUCCACCUCCAAGGCUAUGGAUUAAGACCAACAACGCUCUGAUUUCCGAUCUGAAUCAACAACAACAUCAAUCCACCGACGCCCAACAAAUUCCAACGACAAAACCAAUCAAAAGGCCUUCUAAAUGAGCGGCGAAAAGGUUGCGGUAUCCUCCGGACCUUCUUCUGGUUCUGUAGAUGUUGUUAAGGGCAUCAAUGGUCUCGAUAAAGUCGUUCUUCGCGACCCACGUGGUAGUUCUGCUGAGGUCUAUUUAUAUGGCGCCCAUGUGACAUCUUGGAAGAAUGACCAUGGGGAAGAGAUGCUUUUUGUUAGUAGCAAGGCUAUCUUCAAGCCUCCAAAACCAAUUCGUGGAGGGAUUCCAAUAUGUUUUCCUCAAUUUUCAAAUCUUGGUCCACUUGAGGCACAUGGAUUUGCUAGAAACAAAUUUUGGAGCAUUGACAAUAAUCCACCUCCUCUUCAAACGAAUACCUCCAGCAAGACUUUUGUUGAUCUAAUCCUAAAGCCCUCUGAAGAGGAUACAAGGGUUUGGCCACAUAGUUAUGAGUACCGUUUGAGGGUAGCUGUAGGACCUGCUGGAGAGCUAUCGUUGACAUCACGUGUUAGGAAUACCAAUGCAGAUGGAAAGCCUUUCUCAUUCACAUUUGCUUAUCACACUUACUUCUCAGUAUCGGAUAUAAGUGAAGUUCGGGUGGAAGGUUUGGAGACCUUGGACUAUCUUGACAACUUGCAGAGUAGAGCACGUUUUACUGAACAGGGGGAUGCUUUAACUUUUGAAUCAGAAGUGGACAAGAUAUAUCUUAGCACUCCAUCUAAAAUAGCAAUUCUGGAUCAUGAGAAGAAGAGGACUUUUGUGGUUCGAAAAGAAGGACUUCCAGAUGCCGUGGUAUGGAAUCCUUGGGAUAAGAGAGCAAAGGCAAUAAGUGAUUUUGGAGAUGAAGAGUACAAGUAUAUGCUGUGUGUGGAGGCUGCAGCUAUUGAAAAGCCUAUCACACUGAAACCGGGCGAGGAAUGGAGAGGAAGACUGGAACUUUCUGCUGUUCCUUCAAGUUACUGUAGUGGGCAACUUGAUCCUCAGAAAGUCCUCCAUGGCAUCUGAAAAAUUCAUCAUUCUGUUUUACUUCACAUGUAUCAGGUAAAUUGUUUUAAAUAACUAGUGGAUCUUGGCAAGACAAUUUGCCCUCUCUUAUUCUUAUUUAUUUUCCAUAUUUUGGAUUGGGAAAUAGGUUUUGGACAAGAGAGUAAACUGAACAACAGUAUGUGGCUUUUUUUGGAUGGCUAUGGCUUCAUAAGUUGAAAGAAAACUAGCAUUGUGUCUGAACACAAAUCAGUAUAUUUUCUUAUAGAUGGUUACUGAGAAUUGUCAUAAA